ACCUUAUUCUACAUUCUUAAUCCUACCCAAUACCUAAACUUAACUAAAGUGUUACCAAUGUUAUAGAUAUUUACUACGUAUUUUACCAAAGUACUUUUGGGUUCCACUGUAUAGACUAACAGACAAAUUUACUCUUUGUAAACGAGGAACAUGGUUAGAGUAUACAAACAACAGAACAGAAAAGAGUCCUUCUUCUAUAAAGGGAUGUGUAAUUAAACCCUCUGCGCAAUUUGCUCCAAUAUAGUAAAUACACCCUCAAGAAUUCAUUCAGCAUCUAAACUGCCUGAGUAGUCGGUGUGUGUUAAAGACUUGUUGAUUCUGGGCAGAGUAAUUUCCACUUACGAAAGCCUCUAUCAAUAGCAACGCAAAUUACAAUCUUUUGAGCUUUCAAGUAUAGGUGUCUUACUUUUAUGUUGAUACGUGUUUGCACCAUCCCCCAUGGUCUUUCCGUUUUACGUCGCAUCCUCUACACUAGCAGCAGGGAGCGCGCAUUACCCGGGGCCGCGGAGAGAGCUUGACUCACAGUGUGAUGUUUCCAGCGGUUUACAUGUUCUCCCCCACAAUGCUAUGACGCACAACAUUCACAACUAGACACUCGUAAGAGGUCAGCUAUAAGAAUUGUCAGGCUGAAUUAUCUAGAAGUCCUGACGCUGUCAGUGCGAUGUCCAAAGGCUGCAUUACAGUCCUUUACAGACUUCAUCGAUUACGUUUGCACAUCAACGUCUUUGUGUCAUUUCCUUUAGUUUUCGGGGAACAUGGCCACUUGCUUGAAUUUGCAAUUCCUUCGAAUUCGACUUCUGUUUUUUUUCCUGUUAUUGUUCAUUUAUAGAACGGGCUCCUGUCUGACACUGUAGUCUGUUAACGUUGUGAUUUCCGAUACAUCCUCCCAUACAUAAAUUAUUUGAUUUCUGUCCGAUUAUAAAGGAAGCUUACACAAAGACAGACCAACUAUAUAUAAAACGAAUUGUCGCAUGAGUUUUUUUGUAGCCUACACUAAACUUAAUUUUACGCAUUUCAUUUGGAAGGUUUCAUUUUCAGACUAUUUUACAUUAAAAAAAUAUCGCGCUUUCCACCUGCCGCCAAAUAGACAUUUGCGAACAUGAAUAGGGCGGGCAACCAUACCAAGAACUACUUGCCCUAAAAGUCAUUCGGGUACAGAUUUGAGUCUGAUAAAGACAUUAUUCCCACAGGCAACGGCAUUACAUUGUCAAAGUUAACGAAUGUGGUUUUAUUGUAGGGAUCGGUUAUGACGUUUGGCUCUCUCACUCGCACGCGCGCACACACGCGCGCUGUAGUCUCACUGCCCACGGCAUGGACGUGCGCACAUUAUAAGGAAUCAGUGCGCUCGGAGUGGCGCAGAAGGCUGCUUCGUCAUGCACUAGGUAGUGUGUGAUGUAAUUUCGCUGCAGAUAUAAAUAUCGUCGGCAAGAGAAAAGUAGCAUGGCUGAGCGGGGCUAGAAUUCACGGUCAACAUUUUCCAACUUUUGUGUGAAAGCAAAACAGCUUGAGCGCCAGUCUGAAGUACAGUGUCUUGAGAGGAAACCCACAGAGCGCGACUUCAUGCCGCUCACUGGGGUUGACCGUAGCUCUGUCCUUGAGUAAGCUGUUUGGUGCGUCCUUUUGGCUACCGACACAAAUAUAGAGAAAGACGGUAGUUUGGUGUCUUCAACGCCUUCAGACACUCACGUACCGCUCAGAAGGAUGAGUGUCCAAUCGGCCCUCUUACCAAUACUGGUCUUAGGACUUAUGACAAGCUCAGUGCGCUGCGCUCCGCUGCCCGGUGGGCAGAGCGGCCCCGUGGAGCGACGCUGGGAGACACUCUACUCGCGCUCUCUGGCCCGAAUCCCCGGGGAAAAAAGAGAUAUCAGCCGGGACAGUGAUUAUCUCACGGGCAUUAAAAGACUGCGACGUCUCUACUGCAAUGUUGGCAUUGGGUUUCAUCUCCAAGUAUUACCGGACGGUAGAAUUACCGGCGUGCACAACGAAAACCGCUACAGUCUUCUUGAGAUAUCUCCGGUGGAGAGGGGAGUUGUGACACUGUUUGGCGUCCGGAGCGGGCUAUUCGUGGCCAUGAACAGCAAAGGGAAGCUUUACGGAUCUGAGCAGUUCACAAAUGAAUGCAAGUUCAGAGAAAACCUCCUUGCAAAUAAUUACAAUGCGUACGAAUCGCUGGCACAUCCUGGGAUGUACAUCGCACUAAGCAAGACUGGCAAAACAAAAAAAGGAAAUCGAGUAUCAACAUCCAUGACGAUGACACAUUUCUUGCCUAGAAUUUGAGCUCAUCUGGAGGGGCGCAAGGAGGAGGAACGACGAUGCACUUUCUACGGAAGUUACAUGUGAGAUUAAGUGUAUCGUGUCAUGUAUGUAUAUAUUAGACUAUUUAUAACUGUUGAUUUUAUAUUGCAUCACAACGUCCUCUUUCCGAGGUGGAAGACAACAAUUAAUUUAUUUGUUAUUUGUUAAUUUAUCCUCAUUGCUGCUACCACGUGUUCAUAUAUACAAGUGAAAUUCCUACAAUGUACAUUUUUUUUUUGCACUGUUUGUGUUGUUCUAAAGCGAUGGUUUUGUAGAGGUAGUCAGGGUGGACGCCAUCUUUAUUUUCGAGGGCUCUAAUGUUGUUCAGUCAUUGGGGAAGUUUUGUCUGAUUAAACAAUCGACAGCGAGACUCAACAUCACUCGCAGCCUCGUUUUCAAAAAAUCAAAAUGGCGUCUACGCUGUACUUCGUUGGAAAGAAUACAAGUCUUAGAUCAAGCCUCCAAUCGUUAAGGUGUAUCAACCCCCAUAGUAUUAGCACUGGAGCAAUUGUCCAAUGUCUGAGCUCCUUUGUGCGGAGCUCGGAUCUAACUGAAGCAGUAUCGGCUUACUCUAGCUUACUGAAGUUCUACCCCUUCAAAUCUGUUUUUAGCUCUGCCGGGGGGGUUGAACUUUGAACUUAUCCGCAGUCAAUCUUUGUCACAUCUCUAAGGCUCUGGAUAGAGAGAAGUAGCUUCUUUAACAUACAGACACUAAUUUCAAAAUGCAAAAGCAUUGCAUUGCAGAUACUGUACCCUGUGUCCCUUUAAAGAGACAUACUCUACAAUGCCAAGUUCAAGUCAGGCUUUGCUGUGGUUUAGGGAAGAUAUAUAGGUGUCUGGGGGGAAUCAGUCAUGUAAAAGAUCAGUAUUUUUCUAUGGUGGUAACACAGAAAGAAAGAAAUGACAGUGUUGUAAGAGUUAUUGUAAAAAAAAAAAAAAAAAAAAAAAAAAUGUCACAACUUCCAUAGUGAGUUACGAGGAGGCAUACUGCCCACUUUUUUUUGUCGUUUUCUACCUCAUGCAGUUUCCUACUUUGAAAAUCAGCUAAAACAGAAUGUUUAGUACUAAGUUGCUCUUCUGAGUCUUCUGCCACUCUGUGAAGCUCUGGCGGCCAUUGCGUCCUAGUUGCGCCUUGUCACGUUUGAGCUAUCUUUACCCUGUGAUUUACUUUUAGAAAGGAUAAUCAUGUUGGAAAUAUUUGCAGACAGCUGUUAGACUAUACUAUAUGCUCAACCAGUAACCCUAUAUUUUUCUUUAUAUAUUUUGUAAACAUAAUAUGGUGGAAAACUAAGAAGCUGCUUUAAACCUGGUAUAUGAUGUUAGUAAAAUAAACAUUAAGACAUGAUACAUUCAUGCAGGUAUAAACAUGCUUUCCAUCUUAAAUCUUUACAUAUUUAAAAACAUAUUUUGAGAUUAUAAUUACCUUCAAAAAAGCAUUCCUUAUUGUUAUCAUAAUGGCUAUACAGGUGCAUUUAAUUGAAAGAAUCUACCUGUACCUGAGUGUAAAGCUGAACUGUAAAUGGAUGGAUAGUCUUUUGGGCUUCAUGUUUGGAAAAUUAAAAGAAAAUUUUGAAGCUAAACUGACCGAUUGACCUCAAAAGCAUGAACACAUUCGCGUUGUUUUAUUUUAUUUAGCGUAAUCUCAAAUCUGUUGUAUUUCAGUUGUUGCAUGUCCAAAUUUGUUUCUUAACAUGCCCUGUCUGGAUGUGCACAUCACUUAGUUUCACUUGAGCUACCUGAGUUAAUGGAGGAGGAGGGAAGGGUUGCCUGUGUUUCUCUUUUUCACAGCUGUGCCAAACCUCUUUCCAAAUGGACAUGAUUUGCAUCAGUGUGGAUGUUGUUUACAAUAGACCGAAUGGCCACUGAAGGCAAAUUGUUCCUCUGACCCUCAUCACAAUGUAGAACUGGCACAAAUCACUGGACUUGAUUUGUUUAACCAAAAAAAAAAAAAAAAAAAAAAAAUGCAAUAUCAACAGACAUGCACAUUAGUGAAAACAGAACAUCCUCAUCUUUCACGCAAACUACCACUCCAUCACAACAAUGUUCCAAAUUUUGCUGUUUGUGCUUAUGAACAGGAAUGUAUGCGUUGUAUUGAAAUAAA